CUCGACUUUAGAGUAAAUGAGUGCUAGGUUUCACCUGCGGUCCCUUGUGCUCCUUUAGCAGUAACGUUAGCUGGUCUCCUGACCGUCCUCCGCAUUUUUUCCAUGCCUUUGUCUGGAAGAGCUGCGAAAUAGAAACCGUCCGAUAGACCGCUAAGGAAGAUGUCAGAGGUCAGCAUAGCCAAGCGCAAGGAGAAGUGCGAAAACUGCACCAAACAGUGCAACAAGAAACAGGGCGAAGGCGCCAGCCCUCACCGGGAGAGAGAUGAAGCCACUGGGGAGAGACAAGAGGGAUCCCAGUUGCUGCUGAGUGCCUGUCUGUCCUGCGAUGGCUGCUUAUCGGAGGACGAGACCCUGAAGAUUUCACAGCAGAACCUGGAGGAGGUGAAGCGGGUUCUGGCACUUAAUAAGAAGUGUGACGUGUCAAAGCACAAGGUCCUGGUUGCAUCGGUGUGUCCACAGUCCCUGCCAUUUUUUGCCGUCCGGUUUGGUGUGGACAUCACCGAGGCUGCACAGAAACUUUGUGGAUUCCUCAAGAGUUUGGGUGUGCAGUAUGUAUUCGACACCACCCUGGCGGCAGGAUUCAGCAUCUUGGAGAGUCAGAAGGAGUUCAUUCAGAGGUAUCGGAGGAGGAACCACGAUUCCCAUGCCUUGCCCAUGUUCACCUCGUCCUGCCCAGGGUGGAUCCGCUAUUCGGAGCAUGUCCUGGGCAGUUUGGUUACCCCUCAUAUCUGCACAGCCAGGUCCCCUCAGCAGAUCAUGGGCUGUCUCGUUAAAGACUACUUCUCAAAACAGCAGAAGCUGAGUCUGGAGAAAGUCUAUCACAUGGUGGUGGCUCCCUGCUUUGAUAAAAAGUUUGAGGCUGUCAGAGAGGAGUUUUACAGCACCCUGCUGGAGAGCAGAGACGUAGACUGUGUCCUCACAUCAGGAGAGAUCUAUUAUUUGAUGGAGCAAAGAAAGGUUUCAGUGGAUGAGCUGGACUCUGUUACACUGGACCAAGUGCUUGGAGAGAGCGGAGAUGUAGCGCUGGUGCGGCACGAUGGCCGCGGCUCUGAAGGCUUCCUGGAACAUAUAUUCAAACAUGCUGCCAAAGAGCUAUUUGGUGUGGACGUGCAUGAGAUCACAUACAAGACGCUCAGGAACAGGGACUUUCAAGAAGUCACCCUAGAGCGGGAUGGAGAGACUCUGCUGCAGUUUGCUGCUGUCUAUGGAUUCAGAAACAUCCAGACCCUGGUUCACCGUAUGAGAAAGGGUCGAGUGCCCUACCAGCUGGUGGAGGUUCUAUCCUGUCCAGGAGGGUGCUUGAGCGGCCGCGGUCAGGCGGAGAGCGAAACCGGAGGUCAAGUAGAUAAAGCCCUGGUCCAACAGAUGGAGGAGGCGUACAGCAGUCUGCCGGUCCGUCUACCAGAGCUCAACCCCGCCUUGAACACCCUUUAUCAAGACUGGCUACAGGGCCAAGACUCCUCACAGGCCAACAAGCUGCUGCACACCCACUACAAGAGUCAGAGUCAGAUGCACACACAACCCGCACACAUGCAGUGGUGAAGGGACGAGAGGCGCCGGUCUGGUUGGGUCAGACUCUCAUGACCAUCUCAUGGUUCAUGCUGGCACCACGAAGGAUCACCUGUGGACCUUUGGUACUAUGGACCAGUUUGUGGGAAGGCGCAGAGCUUCCAUUUGACCACAAGGGGGCGACGUGUGUGUUUCAGAACAAAUGGAGGGAAUGAGGCUUCCAGACUUAAGCUAGUGUGCUGACCAGAGCUUACUUAAGAACAAAAGUAGGUACAACGAAGCCUGAUCAGUCAGCUGCACUGACUAGUGUGAAUUAUUUAAGUCAAGUUAUUGAGCAAUAAGCCACUGAGAAAACAAGUGUUUUUAAUGAUGGACUGAACCUGUGAAUAAUAAAUAUGCUUUUGAAGAGUUGGAUAUUCCAAAACCAAAACUGUUCAUGUGUGCCCAAUAUAGGCCGUCUGUGUGUUUCCUUUGUGCCCACUGUUCGUUACUAAAAAGACAAGACUGUGUGUUCAGAAAUGCAUCAACAGUAACUAUGCAACAGUGUGUUGGUCGCAUCAAAGGAGUCCGUCAGACCCAAGAGAUUAAAGAGGUUUUAAAAAUCA